AUGGGUCGGGCGACCGCGCUGGGUCAGUUCGGCGGCGACGGCCGCCAGCGCCGGCUUGACGGUCGUCGCGAUAUAGCUGCGACAGACGCGUCUGCCGUGACGGCUCGACGCCCGGCGAGGUACGCCCUCCUCCAUGGCAUAUUGCGCCCCGGUCCGCCCGCAUCCCCAGAACAACCCGACCAGCAGCGCCAGCAUCACCAGCGCGAACGGCAGGGCGGCGAUGAUCAUCGCGGCUCUUCAGCGCGGCGAGCCGCCCGCGAUCAGCAGGAUGAUGGUGACCAGCGCUCCAGCACGCACCAGAACCAGCCGCUGCAUCUUGGUCGUCUCGGUCCGGCCGCCCGACCGAUGAUGUCCAUCACCAGCGAGCCUGAGCUUUGCGGACGAGAUGAAGAAGAUGCAAAUCAUGAAGAUGGCGAGCGCCGUCGUCGCGCCGCUGAACGGCAGAUAGGCGAAGAAUUUGAACAGCGCGAUCGAGACAUUGUCGGCCACUGCCGCCGAGAUCGCUCCGGCCGCGACGCCCUGAUCCGGGGAACAGCGCGGUGUUGCCGAACACCGUCAUCCAGAGGAAGGUGA